AUAUCAAAUUGUGGCCUUGAGGGCAAACAUCGGAUUGUCUGUCUCACAUCUGUGUUACUUGUAACUUUCUUCGUUUACUUCCGUUGAUAAAUGUAAGUGGGUUCAAUGUGCUUUCUGGGUCUUUUUUUUCUUCUAAAUAAUCUCAAGGCUACUCACACCACCAGCACGUUAACGACUUUUAUGUUAGACGUAGACCUACCAGAUCUGACAGCCUCGAGGCUGCACGUUGUAAUCCAUAUUGGUCAACGCUAUAAUUUAUGGGCGAUCUUUGAGCAACGCUAACAUGGUCUUGAAAAUGUCCACCUACAUGAGGGUUAUAUAUUAGUGCAAGGAAUUAGUACUAGUAUUUACAGUUGAACGUUAAGGUUAGAAAUUAGAUUCAAUGUUUUUAUCACGAAUUGACAUCAGUUAUAGUGACGAAACGGUUUCUAGUCAAAUGAGUGAAUGGAUUUCGCGCCAAAAUUUAAGACCUAACUUAAAUCUGAUUUGUUCGUCCAUAAACUAUAGUCCCGUCGCCCCAUUUAUUAUAGUCGCCCAAUUGUUACGUCGCUGUAAUCCGCUGUGAGGCGAUCGUACGUGAGCAUCAGGUACUUAACUUGGUGCUGUUACAUUGAAAUCUCUCAAACUCUUCUGAUUGGCUCGUCCAUAUAUUAUAGUCUCGUCAAAUGAGCUUGAGAUUGAGUAGCUUUUUAAUGGCUUUGAAAAAACCAACUUGGAUCAAAAGUGUGAAGAGUCAGGGUUAUGAUCGAGAGUUAGGAGUUAGGUUUUUUUUUAUCAUGAACUGACGUCGGCUUUUAUGUCAAAAUGCUACUUAGGCUUCUGAAUGAAUGAACUUUGCACAAAAAUCUUUGACUUUCUGUUUUUAUUUUCAUUAGUCCGUCUAUAAAUUUUGGUUUUGGUGUACAAGCGUUUACACUUAAAAUACAGAUUUUUCAUACUAUAAUGUCCUACUCAUUUCGUCAUAUUUCAAUUUCAUGCGUUAUUCAAUAUUAACAUGAACACUUGAAUUUGUUAGUGUUAAAUACAUAGUUUACCGAUCAAAAAAUUAGCAGAGUUAUCCCGGUCACUUUAGGUUAAGUGAACUUAACGUUGUAAAUUUGCUAGUUAUACAUCAUUAAUCUCAUCUGGAAAGCUUUAAUGUAUAAUAAAGGUCAGUAACUAUUCAACCCAUAUUAAAUAAGAAUACCACGUCUUUAUUUCUAUCAGGGGCCUCAUUUUAUUCAUCCUCUUAAUUUAAUAGUGUUUCAUUUUUUGUUUUAGUUAUUUAUAUGAUUUUGGUUUACAUCCCUUUUACAACAGAAUAAAUUUUCUUGUACGAUAAUUUGAUACAUUUGUGUUUUUAAAUAUCUCUCAGAUUAUUUAAUAGUGUCUUCGCAAAUAUAUUUAUUUGUUUAUUACUUAGCCUUUGGGAAGAUUUGUCAUUCUACCCAUUUCAAAGUAUCGAAUAAUGUUCGAAGUAUUUGGUGGAGCAUUCAUCAGAAUGACUGUUAAGCUCACUUAUAGAGAGCCUGUAAGAUUUAUGGGAAGCCUAAACAAAGUUCUUUAUCCAUGGAUGAAUCGAAAAAAGCCAUUUUGGGUUACUCAAGAGGCUAGUCCUUAUGUAGAUGAAGAUAUUACAUCAGAAAACAAGACAUUUUUAGAACAACAGCGUAUAGAUUCAUUAACCAGUUCUACAAGCCCCGUCAUUACUGAACAACCGGCACAGGUACCAUGGAAACCAUAUGUUACACAAAGAUGCGGUCUUAUUGCAAUCAAGCUAGGAUUAUACCCACUGUGGACUAAAACUGGAAAGAAAAUCGACUGUACUAUUUUCCAGAUCCCUGACAAUCAUGCUAUUCGUUAUACACCUCCUUCAGAGAUCGACAAAUACAUCAGCCUACUACAUCCACGUCACUAUUGGCUAAAUAAUAAACGGCCUCCUUCCUGGAUAACUCAAAAACGUUGGGGUAUACAAUUGGUUGGAGCAGUUUCUGCUGACCCCAUCGAGUUCACUUCUGAGUGGUGUGAUUUAUUUAAAAAAGCUGGUAUACCACCAAAGCGUAAAAUAUCUCGUUUUUUGGUCAGCCCUGAUGCUGCUUUAAAACCUGGAACGCCUUUGAGUGUGCAUCAUUUUCGUGUAGGUGACCGUUUGGAUAUAACUGCAAGAACCACUAAUCGUGGCUUUGAAGGUGUUAUUGAACGUUGGGGAAUGAAAGGUGGACCUGCUGCUCAUGGUUCUACUAAAUUUCAUCGUAGAAUGGGAAGUAAUGCAGGAAUUGAAGGAGUAAUCCCUCGAGGCAAACGUAUGGCAGGUGUUAUGGGUAAUCGAUUCAGAAGCUUACGUGGUGUAAUGAUUGUGAGGAUUAAUCCAAAACUUGGACUUAUAUAUGUAACAGGUACAACACCAGGGCCUGUACAUGCCUACUGCCAUUUGAACGACUCUUGGUUAAGAAAUCGUCGACAUGAAUUAAAUGCUAAUCCACCUCCAGUUCCAACUUAUUUUCCUCCCUCUAUAGUAGAUGAAACUAAUUCAAAUCAACUCGAUCCAAGCUUGUGCCUUGAUGUUGAUGAUGAUUUUGAACAAGAUAUUUACCAUGAAUCAAUACAUCCAAGUUAUAGUCCUUCCAUUUCCUAUUCAGAAGACUCUAUUUGAAACGUGAUUUCUCUGUUAUAAGAAUGUACAUACAAUAUACCUUCAUAGUUUCC